AGGACCAAGUUGACACACGUGGCGAUCGGUAAGUGGACAGAAAUUUUGGAACGGACCCCACAAUGGGUCGAGCAUCCAAUCAUCACGUGAGUCAGCGAAACGUUGAAGCCAGAGGCAUUUUACCAAAGAACCGGUCAAGCUUGAUUUACUGGAGGGCAAGACAGUCCGAAAAGCGAGGGCAUCGAGGUCAUUUUGACUACCGUCCUCUCCACUCCGUUUCGCAAACCGUCCCCCUAAACAUUUAAACGAACCAAACGCCCCCCUUAGAGAACGAGCCCUCGAUUUGUUGGUUUUUGAAGAGUUGACAAAAAAUUUCAUCCACUGCUAAUGAAGAAUCGAUUAUCUGCCAAGCCAUGGAUUCUCGGAUUGGCCAUCGCCGGUUUAGUCGCCGGCUCACUGAGAUUCCACCCGCCGCGAAUAUGAGCGAGGCCGACCGGACUUCCGAUAAAUUUUGUUAGAUCAAAGGGGUCCGUCGGAGACUUGCGACGCCGGAGAUUUGUUUUUUCUCAAGUUAUUUUUGUCUAAAGAUAGUCAUCGGUCAACUGACCGGCGGUGAGUGAGUUGAAGGGGACAUUUUCUUGGACAGCAAUAAAACCCGCCGGAGUCGGAUCUCAGCGGGCGGAUAGAUCGCCGUGGACAUUUUACCCGUCUACUCCGGCUGUGUUUCCGGAUGAAGGAAAGUUAAAGAUUUCGAUGUCUCUUAAUUGACCUUUUUUUCCCCUCUUUCUGUAUUCUCUUUUCUUCCUGUCGUGCCCACUUUCCUACCACGUUCAUAUAAUGAUGAUAUUGUAAGUUAAUUUCCCAUUUUCAACUUCAUUAAAAUAGCAUAAUGUAAACGCCUUUGCAAUUAUUUAUUGAGGAGUUUUCUGGUAA